UUACAGUUUGUUGUUUUGGUAAGCGCUUUUGUUGCUGUUCAAGCUGGAGUGAUUGCCCCCGUCACCUAUACAGCACACCCGGCUCCGGUCGGAUAUGUCUCUACACCAGUAGUGCAUGCGGCCCCGGCCGCGUCUAUCGUGCAUGCCGCUCCCAUUACCUACUCUGCUCCAGUUGCCAAAGUAGCAGCGGUUGCACCAGUGGCUAAAGUUGCAGUUGAAGAAUACGACCCGCACCCACAAUACAGCUUCGCUUACGACGUGCAAGAUGGUCUCACUGGAGACUCAAAAAGCCAACACGAAAGCCGUGACGGUGAUGUUGUCCAAGGUUCUUACUCCGUCGUCGACCCUGAUGGUACUAAGCGCACUGUUGAAUAUACAGCUGAUCCUCACAACGGAUUCAACGCGGUCGUACACAAAGAGCCCGUAGCAGUGAAAGCCGUGGCUCCUGUAGCUAAGGUUACAGCUCCUGUUGCCUACACUGCUCCCGUUGUCCACGCGGCACCAGUCGUCCAUUCUGCUCCUAUUGUUCACCACGCUCCAGUAGUUCAGGCUCCUCUAUCCUACGCCGCUCCUCUUAUCCAUCAUUAAAAUUUAACAUGUUCCUAGUCAACAAACGAACUGGCCUAAUAUUAAUUUAUUCUAGCGGAUUACAUUAAUUUAAAUAAAUAAAAAUUUUGUUACUUA